GUCGCCCGCAAGCUGAAAAACUGGCCAGCACAAUGGGAAAAAAACAGAACAAGAAGAAAGUAGAAGAAGUCUUAGAGGAAGAGGAGGAGGAGUAUGUGGUGGAGAAGGUGCUGGAUCGACGAGUGGUGAAGGGCAAAGUGGAAUAUCUGCUGAAGUGGAAAGGCUUCUCUGAUGAAGAUAACACCUGGGAGCCAGAGGAGAACCUCGACUGCCCAGACCUCAUUGCAGAGUUCCUGCAGUCCCAGAAAACCGCCCAUGAGAGUGAGAAGUCCGAGGGCAGCAAACGCAAAGCGGAGUCUGACACGGAGGAUAAAGGGGAGGAGAGCAAACCAAAGAAGAAGAAGGAGGAGUCGGAGAAGCCGCGCGGCUUCGCCCGGGGCUUCGAGCCAGAGCGGAUCAUCGGAGCCACGGACUCCAGCGGGGAGCUGAUGUUCCUGAUGAAGUGGAAGAACUCGGACGAGGCCGACCUGGUCCCUGCCAAGGAAGCCAACAUCAAGUGCCCCCAGGUGGUCAUCUCGUUCUAUGAGGAGAGGUUGACAUGGCAUUCCUACCCCUCAGAGGAUGAUGACAAGAAAGAGGACAAGAACUAA